AACAAAAGUCACCCUAAAGAUGAGAAAUCAGACAGAAUUUAUUUACGGAGGUGACGAUGUGACUCUAGAGUGCAGAAUUGAAGGGGCCUUACCUGGCUGGAGAUAUCGCUGGUUCGAAAGCUCAGGAAACAGAUGGAAGGAGGUUACUGACAUCACUGGAGACACGUACACGAUGAAGUCUCUGAGCUCAUUUGACAAUAAACAGUGCUGGUGUUGGGCUGUCAGAGAUGAUCCACCUGAUUACUCAGAGGUCAGCAAUAUUGUGACAGUGAAAGUUCGCGCUGGAUUAAAUAUGACACUGAAAAUGAGGAAUGAGAGGAAACCCGUACACAUUGGAGAGAACGUGACUCUGGAAUGCAGCAUUGAGAGAAGCUUUGCUACCUGGAGAUAUAGCUGGAGGAAAUGGAACCGGACAGAUGGAAUUAGACGGCUUGAAAUUGGAGACACUUUUCUAAUUCGGUCUGUGACUCAUUCUGAUAGUGGAGCGUACUGGUGUUAUGUUUUACCAUGGGUACAUCUCAGUAAUGUUUUUCUCCUGACUGUUCAAGUGACACAAAAAGUGAAUCUGAAGAUAAAGAAUCCAAAGGUCCCAUUUUACACUGGUGAUGACGUGACUCUGGAGUGCAGCAGUGACAGUAACUUAUCUGACUGGACAUAUCGUUGGUACCACUGGAGCGAGGCAGGCAUGUGGAAUGAGCUUAAGAACUUCACCGAAGACACUUACACUCUCCAGUCUGUGACUCAGUCCGAUGGUGGAAAGUACUGGUGUUACGCUUUCACAGACAAUCCUCUGCAUUACACAGAGUUCAGCAAUGCUGUGAUACUGACUGUUCAAGUGGAUUAUUCAACAGUAAAUGAAAUUCGAAUCGGAUUAUCAUUUCUGGUGCUAAUUGUGCUGCUGGUCCUGGUGAGCGAGUGCUUCUGGACCAGAGUGCUCUCUGCCUGCAGAUCUGCUGAGGGUGAUAGUGAGGGGCACAAGGUCAUGCGAGUCUUUGAAUGAGACGGGUGGUCCCAGAGAUGACAUAUUAGGUUGGCUUAAGCGACGAUGGCUGCAAUUCCUGUUAAGAGUGAAAGAACAGAAGUGAACUCGAGGACAACGGUCUGCAUGCUUCAUAUCUGCACUGUUUGCAUUUCCAUUUCUUUGCUUAGCAAAAGCUUUUAUCCAAAAGGAGUUCCAAAAGAGGUCAAGAUAAUCAAGGAUUGCUUGGGAUCAGGUGUGACAGGACAAGCCCACAAAAUUAAAUAUCUCAAGAGGCAAGUUCAGAACAAAAUGCAAGCGAGUUACCAUUCCUAAAUUACGAAAAUCUGACAUCUUACAUCACUGGCUUUUCAGAUAUUUUGAAAUUGUUAGACUUUAUUUUUGUAACUUCGUCUUUUUAUUUUUGCAAUUAUGAAUCACUUUUGGCUCCUGCCCCUGUCACAAAACACUUUAUUUACUUGUAAAAUAAAAAUAAAUAGUUGACGAUCCUGCCGUGCUUCUGGGUCAAUUUAUAUAGUACCUCAAAAAUGACCACCGACACCAAAUGACUAUCCACCAGUGACAUCACAUGUCCACCAUCAUUCCAGUGUUGCCUUUUAAGUGUCUUCAAGACACAGAAUAGCCGGCAAUCAUCUCCUUGUGGCCAUUGGAGAAUCGCAGGCCUGAGUCAUAGUGGAGUAAUGGCAUUUGAUAAAGCAAAUUGUUCAUGAUCCUUCUGACAGUUUCCCCAGUCUGACUCUAUUUUGCUA